AUAUGUGAUUUAACGCGGUCUGGUAUAGACGCACCAUGGUUCUGCACAGCUCCAAUAAAAGCGAAUUUGAGUUGUUCAGAUUUUUCAUGGACCAGUACCAACACGGUAUACUCCAAGUCUCUUCUUGAGCACACUAUGACAACAGAAGAACAAAAAUUAUUAAUACGGCAAAAGAAGGAAAUCAGACCACAAGGUGCCAAGUUUGUCAAUGUGACCGACCAAGACAAAAAUACAUCCUCUCUACCACCGCAUUGCCAUAACGAGAGACUGCCUCCAUGCAUUUUAGGUUCCCACAAUCUCUCUAGCUCAAUGUCAGCGGGCUACUUCUUGAAGGGGCAGUGGUAUUCCAACUUUUGUCGCCUUCGUGCGUUUGCAAUCCCCGAAACUCUAAAGUGUCUAACCAACAAAACCCUCUAUUUCCAUGGCGACUCGACAACCAGACAGUAUUUUGAAUACCUCGUGGAAACUUUGAAAGGAACCCUCAAACCGAACCCGCCCACCAAGCAAUCGAAUUGGAAAGUGGGACCUUCGCUGGCUGAAGACCGUGUUCACAACUUCACGGUUCACUAUCGACAUCACGGAUACCCGAUCCGGAAUAAUUGGACCGAUGCAUCCGAAGUGCAGUACAUCGAGGAAGCGCUUGACGUGCUUGACGCAACACCGGAUACGGUUUUCAUGUUUACGAUAUGGGCUCAUUUAACAACAGUUAACAUGUCUUUCUAUGAGCAUCGAGUUCAAAGGAUAAAGGCCGCGGUAGAAAGAUUGCACCGUCGGAGUCCCGAAACCCUUGUUGUCAUCAAAAGCGCGAAUACGCGCUCUCAUCCCAGUUGGGGAUCUUCUGCGACGUAUAGCGAUUGGUACGCUAAGGAGCUGGAUUUAAAACUCAGAGACGUAUUCAAGAGCUAUGAUAAUAAAAUUGGAUUUAUAGAUCAGUGGUCGAUGGUAGUAGGAUUUUCAAAUAGAGAUGCUAUUCACCCAGACAAGGCAAUCAUAUCUAGAGGUGUGCGGACGUUACUGUCUUACAUAUGCCCUAAAUAAUGAAGACUCAUGUACACCAAAAUGCGUGCCAGGGGCUAGGGACACGAAGCGGACCCGUCACAGUGCGCGCAAUUUUUUUUUAAAUUUUAGUGGUUGUGCCACAAACAAGAGAGGGCGCAUUAUGACCGCGUACCGGGUUAUGACAUCGGUUAUUCAAACCACCUAUUAUGUCGCUGGACACGGCUGUUUUCGACUCGGCGUACGGCCGUCGUAGAGCAAAGGCGACUGAGGUGUUAGGACAAUAAACGGAACAGACUACCAUAUGAUUCCAAGAAGAAAAUAUCGCAGGAAAACCAUUUAGCGAUCUUCGGAUUGAGUUUGUUGUGGCAAUAUUAGUUUUGUUUGUAUUACAUUUUUUACUUCAGAGAAAAUGGUUUAUACCCAGUUGUUGUGUGUCCGGACAGGUUGUGUGUCCGGACGAUCAAUUUUAGAAAGUCAUUUGGAAAAAAUUACAAGCGAAGUUUCAUCAAUUUUUAGUACAAAAUGUUAGGAAAUAUUAUAAAGAACAAAAUAGAAGAUGAUUAAUAAGUAUUGAAUUCAUAUUUUUAGUGUAAUCCAAAGACAAAAAAGAAGACUUCAAAAAUAUAAAGUGUCCGGACACCCGACCCCCCAUCCUACUAUAGUCAUUAGAAUGUGAGUUGUAUUCCAGUUUUCUACAACUAUAUAAUGAUGACGGUCACCAUGCCGUCAUUAUGCCGAGUAAUAUCAUCGAGUUAUUAGUUGAUAACUAUUAUGAUGGUUUCUUUUGCUACUCUAGUACUUGUAGAUUUAUAAAUGUAACGGUGAUUUCCCCAAGAGUUUCUUAUUAAGUGGUAUCGCACGCUAAACUACAUGGCCCGUAUUCUCAGCUCAUGUUUAGUUUUUAAACCAAAUGGUCCAGGUCUGGGCUGAAAUUAUGGGUACAAAUACGCGUCAAACAUUUGUUGACACUUUGUGUUUCUUGUGAGUUUACUUGGAUCUUUCCAUAUUUCAUCAUGGUGAAAACAACUACCGUAUUUAUCAUUUCAGGUUAAUGUUUCAUAAAGCUCUUCGCAAAGUUACGAAUGACUUUAGGCACGACUGGAACAUAUUCUUAGGUCAUAACUCAAUUAUAUAGGGAUAUCAUAUAGCACAAGAAAUUAUCUCCAGUCAAAAGGCAUUCACAGUGCGUAAAGUCUUUCGUAUCUUACGAACAGCUUUAUGAACAUCCACCUGGAUUCAUAAUGCCUUGAGUGCCAAAUGUGAUGAUAAAGUUAUCAUCAAGUUGUGGGGAUUUUUGUCACACUUUGCUACCCCGAGAUAAUCCGGAACUUAUUUAGACCAUCACCAUCUGAUGGUUACAAAGGAGUUCAGAAUAACGACCCUAUGGUUUUUAAAAUAAAUCCAGACCGACUUUGGUUAUAAGACUCAGCGAAUUUUUGCUUUCCAAUCAUGCAUGGCCAUUCCUUAUAGCUUUAUUGCUACAGACAUUGUCUUGUUAGGGCAUGGACCUAUGAAGAGACGGACAUUCAUCGCUUAGAUAAUGAAUUCACUAACCAUGCGAACUGGGGGGCGUUUCAUCAACAUUUUUGUCCGACAAGUUGUCAGAUCUGACAUCUUUCCUUGAUUUUGAUUGGCUGAGAAGCACUGUAACUAUGGUAACUGUCGGAUAAAAUGGGACUUGUCGGAUAAAACGUCUGACAUGUCCUUUCAUGAAAUGCUCCCCAUGUGACUGUAAUUGUCAUCUGAAUAACAUUCUCUUCAUACUAGUCUUUUUUGGUCCUGUGAUCGUCACCGUGAGAAGGGACUGAAGCAGUUCGUGACUGGACAUUUAUAUUUCACAAAAUAUGCGCAAUAGAUAACAAAUCACUUAAAUCAUGGAAAAUCGAUGUGCAGUUCUUGUUUACCUUUGGUAAUCUUAGUUCCAUGUGUUUUAUUUGGGAAAACGUCUGCAUAUCUUAAUAUAGAGGCAAUAUUGUGAUUGAUGGUUUACCAUUUAAAAUUUAAUUUUCCCAAGUUUCUCCAUAAUAUUCCAGAUAUACGUGAAACAUAACAUGUAUAGAUCGUGUAUCUCUCAAUGUUAUUGCAUUCCUUAUAUGUGAGCGGUAGUUAGCGGAUCGAAUCAUAUAUUUUAUAUCAUAAAAAUCGUCUGCUUCUCAAGUUUGCUGCUCCAAAUAUGAAACAUGUUGACUGAAAGGCACAUGCUGAAACAGGGUAUCAGCCAACAAAAAUCAAGACCGGAAACUGUUCCGUCUUUGGGUGAUCAGAUACGCCUUGGUAGUCAUGGUAAUUGCUAUUGUUACAACGCCUGUAUGUUCUCAUUAAGAUGCGCAUAACCAGGCGACGGUGACUCGACUAUCAUUGGACCAAAGAAAUGCUCGCGUUAAUCGUCCAUCUCUUCAUAGGUCCAUGGUUAGGGAAAGUAAGAUUACUCCUCCUUAUUCAACAUGUUCAGUAAGGACUUUAGUAGGACUGGAAAAUUCCUUAAAACGCUAAACAGUUCAGAGGCAAUGCAAAUUUUCCUGCACACGAUAGAGGGUUGUGUUCCCUCGUUAUAGUGAGUUUUCACUCUGCAAUGUACCGAGGGUUCAAGAAUACAUUAAAUUUAUUGAAAAUACCCGUCAAAUGAUAAAGAACAGCUGGUCUUUGUCGAAAUUGGUGAACCGGAACAGUAGUUCCGUUCUAAGUUUCUGGGCUGACGAAAAAUUGCAAACUCUGGUUUGUCCGGCGUCAAGGACGAAACUGCUCUUUUGACAAACUGCCAAUUUUCGACAAAGACUUCUAAGUUCUUUGUCAUGAAAGGCAUUUGACGAUAGGCCUACAGUUUCUCAGUUUUAGAAUUGUCCGUGCGUCGGUGAGCGAAAACUCCUAUUUUGUCGAUCUGAAUAGCACCAUAAAAAUUCAAAAGACUGGAGACUUAUCGUUACCAUGGUUGCCACACGCGUGGAAAGAUAUUUAGUUGAUCACUUAUGUUCCAUUGUAUCUUUUUUUUUUUGUAAUUGGGGCGGAUCCAGGAAUUUCAAAGGGGGGGGGGGCAUUUCUGUUCCGAAAAUUUUUGACAAACAAAAAAUAUAAGUAAAAUGGGUUUCACUUCCAAAUGAAGGUGAUUUACAUGACACACAUAAACGUGCACAUUAUUCUCAAGGGGGGACACGGGCCGUGUGUGCCCCUUCUUGGGUCCGCCACUGUGGAGCUUUUAACGUUUAAGGGAUAGGCUGCAGGUUGCCUUCUACCAUUGUGCAACUGAAUAUCGUGGAAAACGUAAGUUUUAUUCCAAAACAUAAAUAAUUAUUUCGGUUUAUCGACAAAAUCCAACUGUCAUGGUUGCAAUUAGUUAACAAACAUGAAAUAAAAAUAAAUUGCCAGUGUAGAUUUGGAUUAUGCUUUAGCGAAACCCCUAAUCGUAAUCAUUGUGAAAACAGUGUUACACAAAUCUAUGGUUUUUUCAUUAGAUGUAUCUAUUUAUGAUUAUAUUAAUAAAUAUAUCAUUUGGUUC